AUGAGUGUUGCUUUUCAGACAAAGCAGGACAAGAAUCUCCUUGACAACCUUCUCGCAGUUGUAACGCGACUGAAGACCGUAGAAGCGCAAAUGCUCCGUAUGCGCAAUGAAUGUCAGGAACGUGAGAAAAUAUGGGAAGCAGUGGAACGUGAGGUGAAAGAUCUCGAGGAAAAGGCAGUCAUUUAUCGGUACCGGGUCAUGGAGACGCAGUCGGUGCACUCUGAUACCAAGCACUGA